UUCCAUGUUAUGUCUCCAUAAUUUGUAUUCCAUCCAACUUCCCUGGAGGAACGAAAAACUAUCACAGAAAAAUUCCGUAAGGUAGCAGCAGUGGUCGUGGUUGCAAAUAGAUUCUUUUCAAGUUCUCGUAUCGUGUCCGUGGCUGGUGUGCUGUUAAUUCCGAUCCCAUUAAUAAAUAUCACCCAAGAUGUUUUCAUCAAUUUUUGAAGCAGCUAAAAACUCCCCCUUCAAAACUCCCUUCACUCGUGCUCAAUGUGAAGCUGCACCUGGUAGGGAAAUCCAAGCAGCAUCCGCAGUAGUGACUCAGGAUUCGUGUGAAUUCGGCUCAACCAAGUACUUCGUGCUGUGCGGUCUUGGUGGUAUCCUUUCUUGUGGUACCACUCACACUUUUGUAGUGCCAUUGGAUUUGGUCAAGUGCCGUCUUCAAGUCGACUCGGCCAAAUACAAGAAUCUGUUCAAUGGAUUCAAAGUUUCCUUUGCCGAAGAAGGAAGCCGUGGUUUAGUCAAGGGAUGGGCUCCAACAUUCUUUGGAUACUCUGCUCAGGGUCUAUGCAAAUUCGGUCUCUACGAGGUCUUCAAAGUACAGUAUGCAAACAUGCUUGGUGAGGAAAACUCCUAUUUGUACCGUACCUCCCUUUACUUGGCCGCAUCCGCUUCAGCUGAGUUCUUUGCUGAUAUUGCUUUGGCUCCAUUCGAAGCUGCCAAGGUUAAGAUCCAGACCAUGCCUGGUUUCGCCAACACAUUCCGUCAGGCUGUUCCUAAGAUGCUGAAAGAAGAAGGGGUUGGUGCAUUCUACAAGGGCCUGGUGCCAUUGUGGUGCAGACAGAUCCCAUACACCAUGAUGAAGUUCGCUUGCUUCGAAAGGACAGUUGAGUUACUUUACAGUCACGUUGUUCCAAAACCACGUCAAGACUGCUCCAAGGGUGAACAAUUGGUUGUCACAUUUGCUGCCGGUUACAUUGCUGGUGUCUUCUGCGCCAUCGUCUCCCAUCCAGCCGAUGUUGUUGUAUCCAAACUCAACCAAGCCAAGGGUUCAUCUGCCUUCGAUGUUGCCAAGAGUCUUGGUUUCAUGGGAAUGUGGAACGGUUUGGUUCCUCGUAUUAUUAUGAUCGGUACAUUGACUGCCCUGCAAUGGUUCAUCUAUGAUGGUGUCAAAGUAGCUUUGGCCCUCCCACGUCCACCACCACCAGAGAUGCCAGAAUCCCUCAAGGCUAAACUGGCCAAGAGCGAGUAAAUUUUAAGGAAAAAUCAGUGCAUAGUUAAAUUAUAAUUAUAAACAAACAUAUUAACGAGAACCGAAACAAAAAUAAAAUCAGAAAAAAAAAACGAAAACCAAAUACACUUAAGAAAACCACAUCUAGGUAUACUCAAAGCUUAGGGAAACACCAAUGCAAAAAUAUAUGUUAAUCCUUUCAAAAAGGGUCAUCAACAUCUUGAACAAAAUAAGCUAGAGUUCUUAAGAACUUGUAAUUAAAAAUUAAAAUAAUGCAUUUAUAAAAAAGAAACAGUUCAUUCCGCAGAAAAUAAACGCAGUAGGAAACUAUCAUUCUUGAGAAGAAACAGUUAAUGUUAUUUAUUAUUCUUUUUAAAUUAAAUUUAAAUAAGAAAAUAAACGUGUAUCGAUUUAGUCAAGAAAGCAAUAAAAUAUUCUAUGUUUCCCUAUGUGAAAAUACCUCAGACAAAA